AUGCACUAUCUUCAGCUGUUCCUUGCCCUCUGGGCUCUCUUUUCUACCCCUGUGUGGGCUCAAGAAUCGCCAAUCUGGGUUCAGGGCGCUCUCGAAGAUGCCAUUGCUACAGAUGACACUUUCAACACCGGCGGCACCAUUGUUGUCAAUGGCUUCACUAUGAACGUUCCCAAGAACCUUCUGGUGCAGUUUCCUGCUGCAUGGGUUCCUUGGAAGGAGUUCGUCGCCAACAAGGCCGACUUCGCUGGCUAUGAGACUUUGGUUAUUGGAAACAGCAUCAACGGAGAACCCCGAGUUGCACAAGUUCAGCUCUAUGAGUUUUUUGAAGGCUUGAGCAGUGGCUGGGUCGAAUCCGUUGACUUUGCGGACGGAAGUCUCAAGAUCCAGAACGGUCCUACUGUGCGCAUCUCUGAUCCCAACGCUGUCUUCUCCAAGGGCUUCACUGGCGCACCGCUCAUGACUGCCGACGAUCAGAGCCCCAGUAUCACGUCUUUCUCUGGCUUCCCCAUGUGCAUUCCUAGGAACGAAAAUGAUCCGCUUUGCCCGUUGACCAACCGCCCUUUCGUCGGCCCUGGCACUUUCACUGCUCCGGACCCUCUGGUCAUGGCGCCGUUCCAAGCUGGCGACUUUAUCACAUUCUCCGGGUUCCGUCGAGGCAGCGAGGUUAUUGCAUUCAGCAUUGUUGCUCAAAACGUGCAGAUCAACACCCUUGGCGAUAUUGUCUAUGUUCGUAUGGAGCUUGGGCUUCUGGGAAUUGACAACCCCAGCCCCAACGCAGAGAUUGCGGAGUCUCGAUUUAUCGGUUUCGUGUCAAACAAUCGGGCCACCGUCUCACUUUACGCCAUGGAUGUUGAUCCCUGCACCGGCACCACCUCCGACCGGAUCAUCGCUUCCAUGGGACUCCGCGGAGGCCGCAACGCCCAGAACAAAUUUGAAUACCGCAACGAGAUUCUCUUCAGAUACACCAGAGAGUACCGCGUCAUUGCCGAGAUUGACGGUGUUGCGAAGACUCGCGUCACCAAGAACAACCUCACUGCCGGAACAUACGUGCAGCCUGUCAACGUCUGGGUACCCGGAGAACAGGACGUUCCUGGAGUUCCCCCCGUCUCGUAUGACUUCUCCCAGAUGGAGUUCCUGACCAAGGGCGUCGGCGCCGAUGAUGCGGGCAACGUUUGGGGUCCUCUGGAGCCGUUCCCUCAGACGGGUGUUUUCAUCGAGACUCCUGUUUGUGCCGCUACUCCCGCGGCCCGCGACUUGAAGGUGGAAAAGCGGGGAAGCAUCGGACGAUGGUACGGCAGAGCUCGCGCCGAUGCCAUUUCCCAGCUUGAGAAUGUUGACACUACGGAUCCGGUCGUCGUUGUCGCUCCGGAAGAAGCUGCCGCGAUCGCCGAGAAGAAACAGGAGGAGGCUGCCAACAAUGACUCGCAGUGA